AUGCACGUCUUGUCAAAGCAGACGGCUGCCCUGGUGAAUCUGGGGUUGCUUCUCGGCGCAUUUGCUAUCCCAGCUCCCGACCGUGCGGUCCAACAAUUGCUGCAAGUGCCUCCCGGUAACUACCAGGAGGUGUUCGGUAGCCCGCCCUUUAGCCCGGGGCACCGCGACCCGUAUGAUCACAAGAUAGAUUCGGUCGGACAGGGUCGACAGCCGUUGCCGUUCCGAAACGGCGAAGGUGCGACUGUGGAGGGUCCGAGGAACAAGGACCGCGAGCGCCAGAAUCCCGAUCUGGUCCGGCCCCCAAGCACGGAUCAUGGCAGCAUGUCAAACAUGCGCUGGAGUUUUGCUGACUCGCAUGUGCGCAUCGAGGAAGGCGGAUGGACACGACAGACCACGAUCCGGGAGUUGCCCACGAGUCGUGAACUGGCAGGUGUCAACAUGCGCCUGGAUGAGGGUGUCAUCCGCGAGCUGCACUGGCACACCGAAGCCGAAUGGGCAUACGUGCUUGCAGGUCGGGUACGGGUGACGGCCCUGGACCCUGACGGUGGCAGCUUCAUGGACGAUCUGGAGGCAGGAGAUCUGUGGUACUUCCCGGCUGGCCACCCACAUUCACUGCAAGGGUUAAGUCCCAAUGGCACGGAGUUCCUUUUGAUCUUUGACAACGGCCAUUUCUCGGAGGAGUCGACCUUCCUCUUAACGGAUUGGAUGGCUCACACCUCCAAGGCCGUGCUGGCCGAAAACUUCCGGUUGAAACCGGAUGCGUUCAAGUCUAUUCCUCCAUCCGAGAAAUACAUCUUCCGGGGGUCGCUCCCGGGGCCUAUCGAACACGAGAAACCUCGCGGAUUUCGCCAGUCCAAGAUUCGCUUCACCCACCGUAUGCACGCCCAGGAUCCCGUUCGCACGACGGGCGGGCGUGUCCGAAUCACGGACUCCACCAAUUUCCCCAUCUCCUCUACGGUCGCUGCGGCCCACUUGGAGAUCGAACCUGGCGCUCUGCGAGAAAUGCACUGGCAUCCCAACGCCGAUGAAUGGACUUACUUUAAAAAAGGUCGUGCCCGAGUCACCGUUUUUGCCGCCGAAGGAAAUGCUCGCACCUUCGAUUACAUGGCUGGAGACGUCGGCAUCGUUCCCCGUAAUAUGGGCCAUUUCAUCGAGAACCUGAGUGACGAUGAGCCGCUGGAGGUUCUUGAAAUUUUCCGCGCAGACAAAUUCCAAGACUUCUCGUUGUUCCAGUGGCUUGGAGAGACGCCUCAACGAAUGGUCGCCGAUCAUAUUUUUGCCAAUGACCCGGACGGAGCAGAUGCAUUCUUAAAGCAGAUUGAGGGGGCUGAAAAGGAUCCUAUCAAAGACACUCGAUAG